GUGCAUACGCCUUCAACAAAGGUAUUCUCAUCUCACACAACAACCUCAGAUACAGCAACAACUCGCUAAAAAUGCCGAGCAACGCAAUUCUCGGUGAAGCACACACUCCCGCCGAACAGUUGACCUGCGCCAGUGUUUUAAUUUACCGCACACUUCGGUCAGGAGACAUCGAGGUAUUUGUCCGCAGCAGACCUACAGACCCAAAACCAACUUACAGUGUGCCAUUUAAUAAUAUUCAGCCGGGUGAGACAGCGCUUGAGUGUGCCGAACGCCUUGAAGAAGAUUAUUAUGACAUUGCAUCGCCAAUACACGCAGAGGAUCUAGACUAUCAAUCAUCAGCUGUGAUUGAUAACCUAGGGCAAGGGGUUAAGAUUCGCGUAUUUUUUGCAAAGGUGAGGGGUAAACUCCACGGUAUGAUUAGACAAAACGAAUACUGGAAAGGCUGGCAAUACGAGUUCCUCCCCUUAUUUUCUCUUGAACGCGUUUAUCUUCACCCUGAAAUUGGGCCCGCACCUACGGCUAUCAGAGAGCUGCUGAAACCGCCAACAAAAAGACGCUAAGUAGAAGAACAAC